CAGCAUCGGCUACGAGUAAUGUUGUAAUCAGACUAGGACACUGGGAACGCUCAACAAACUCAAGGCCUGCUUGUAAAGGAAUUCCUCUCAAAGUUGUUGCCUUGCUUGUUGAAACAAGACUUAGCAUGAGCCACUAGUUACUGUCUAUGGCAAUGGUUCGAUUAGGCCUGAAAUCAACCGGUGACAGCCUGCAAAUUGAGAACCGAUUGUAAGCUGUCUUGGACAAGAGGGCGGCGUCCAUCUUUACUGUCUUCGUUUGCUAAGCUAGGAAUAUGAUCCAACACAUCGUCUAUCCUUUUGUGUAUUAAACAACCACAAUUAUCUUUCUUCAAAAAGCAGUUGGGCAUGGAAGCUGUAAGAAAUCGUCGCUUUGCGCCGAAUCCGACCAGGAAACACCACCUUGAUAGCCAGUCAACAAGCAAGGGACUAACGCACCUGGAGACACGCUCUUCACUCGCAGACGGAAACAAGCGUACACGAGAAACCUUGCCGUUUUCUUCCUUCAAACAAAGAUGGACAGGCGAAAAGCAAGCAGUCGGGACAGACACCCACAAGAGUCUUGCAUCCUUACGAAGCAUAAAUAGUGAAAAUAGGAGCCUUGGAUCACUGCUCGGGAGGAAUAGGGGUGAUAAUGCCGGGUUAGGCACGCCUCUCUCAAAGUUAAAAGAACUGCGCCAAAGUGAGGCUCGCAAUGCGAGUAGAACGUGCUCUGGCAUCAGCAGCCGUUCGAAUUUCAGUUUAGCUGAACGGUUAUCUCAGACAUCAUACGGUCGGGACAAACCUCUUUUUCAACAUCGUCGCACAGCAGCUUCUCAGCUGAGGGAAAUUAAGCAGAUAUCGCGUGAUGGAAGCAUUAUAACGAAAACAAGUCAAUCUGCUUCACUAAGUCAAGAGAAAAGCACUGGAACGAGAUCUCGCGCAGGCAGUGGAUCUUUGAAGGAAGACGUUCUAUUGGGAAAAGCUAUCAGUUCAAAGGUAUCCGGGGAGUGGACGACAUUAAGAAGAGAAACUACUGAAAGUGAUAAUGAUGAGAAUGCUGAAGGCCAAACUGGUAUUGGCAGCAAAUUGAGAAGCCGAAGAUACGAGCGUAGCUACGGUGAUUACGUAUCAAAACGAUCGGAAAUCAGCAAACGAUCAGAGCAAAAAGGUGACAGGGAAACGUCAAAAACCCCUCGAUCGGAUUUGACAGACACAGCAUCAAGGGCAAGUGAACUUUUGCAACGAAUAUUAAGUGAUAAAAGCCGCCCGUUUCCCAGUUUGCCUAUCGAUCCUAACUUGGAAGUAAAGGAAAAAAUCGAACCAAAACCCGAGGAGAACCUUGAAAAUGAGCCAAAAUGUAGUAGUCUGACCAUCAAAAAUAAAUCUGAGCACAUCAUACAUAAAGAAGUUCAGGCAAUAAGUGACAGCAGGGUGCAGCAUACACAAACAAGUGCUUUAGCCCAAAGGAUAGAAGAGAAGGUUCUGCGUAUGCCAGAAGAUUCAGUAAGUAGCGAGACCCCAAGCUUUGAACGAUCUCGUGAAAUUGCCAGUAAGAUUUUCCAAAAACUUGAUUCUAAAAAGGACAUAGAAGCAAUUCCUGCAUUGCAACGGUUGAAUAAAAGCAAAUUAGACACCGAUUCAACAACUGAGCAGCUUACGGUAGAGAAAGUUAAAGCAGCCGAGAAACAAGAAAUAUUCAAGAAGGAUGAAGUUGAAGUAGGUAGUGAUCACAAAGAAGAACAGAAAUCUGAGAGAGAUAGGCAAGAAGUAUUAUUGAAAAUACAUAAAACAAAGGCUAUAAGUAUACCGCCAGCCGUGUCCAACAUAAUGAAAUGCAGUAAAUCUGCCGAGGCUGAAGUAAAAGUCACGAAAAAAGACGUAGGGGACAAGGAACCCAAUGUUGUGUGUUCGGUUGAAUUUCAAAGCGAUGUACACGGAGUUAGAAGCCAUGAUAAAACUGAUGCAGGAGGACAACGCCCCAAGACAGAGCCUAUAAACAUACCACCUGCUGUGUUACCAAAGCCUAAAUCGCCGAAAUCGUCUAUAGUUCUUGGAAGUGCAGACAAAAUAACAGUUUCAAUCGAGCAACCAAAAGACGAGGAAGUAAAUGACAAUGUCUUCAGUUCACCAGAGAGAUGCGAGAGUUCGAUCGAGGAGCCUGAGCAGAUGAGUGUUGCCAGUCUUAGAAAUUCUUUAUUUGGUGGAAACUCUUCACUAGACAAGAUCUUUAGCAGAGGUAUGGGUGGAACACUUACUGGCUCUCCAGUUUUAUUAAGGAAACAAUUGAUGGUUGAGAGGAGGCAGGUUGUGUCCAGUGUGGAAAUAACGCAACAUGGCAAGACUGCUAUGUCAAUGGCCCAGAUGUCAUUUAGAGUGGAAACAAAGAGCGAGUCUGACUCUGCGAUAUCAACAGGCGAUUCAGAGCUACUUCCUACACUGUUCACACGUUUUGAAAAACCUAAAAAGCCAAAGACGUCGCCCAAACCACGUGUUGGAAUGAAAACAAGUCUUCAGCCAGUAACCUUGCAAGUAAAGCUAAAUGAAAAAGAUGGCGCCGAGAAAGGAUCAUAAAGAAUUUAUCAUAUAAUCAAAUGAUGAUUUUGUUACAUAAGCGAACACAGGUUUUCAGUUUUUGAUUGGUAGCAUGUCUUUGAAACAUUAAUAUACCAAUUAUGUGAGUUGGAAGAAUGCUCUGCACAAAAGGUGGCUUUGCAGCGUGCAUCAUCUUUGUACAUUAUUGUAGUUUGUAUAUAAAUACUCUUUUGCGAGGUAUAGCUGCUCUCUUAACUCAACAGAAUCUGCUCGAUGCUACAAUGGUAACAUUCUUGAAUUACAUGCCAUUUCUGCAAAGCCUCCAGGAGGCUGUGUCUGGGCUUGGCAUUCUCUUGCGAAAACAUUUUAAUUGUUUUCUGAUAGGGCUAUUAAAAUGUCAAAGUCAGCUGGCACAAGUAC